CAGGAUAACGCGUAUAACCUUGGGUGCGCGUGCACAACAGUAUUCCGACGAUUCCACCUGCUAGCAGGCUGUGCGGCGAUAUCAACCAGACAUAUUUUAACUACGGCUACCUCAACCGAGCUAAUAUUGAGAACAAGAAGACAUUUCGAACGGAUGACCGAAGUCCUUGGUAUAUGGUAUGAUAUUAACGAUAAUUCGUUUAACAGCAGUUAUUACGCAUAUCCGAAUAGGAUACAUUAUCAUCCAAGGUACGUUAAGCCGAAAGAAGUCAAUCGGUCACAUCCUAUACCAGCGAUGUAUGAUUUGUCUGUAUGGAGUACGACGUAUAAUUUAUAUGGAUCUUCAAUGUCACCGAGUGGUGCAUACAUCUGUAAUAGAGGGGGAUCCCACUGGAUGGAAUACGGAUCAUCUGUGCCUGGACCCAGAGAGUUGGCCCUGAUAGCAGGAUUCCAAUUCAUAAAGGCUUAUAGACGAAAGCCCAUGCCCUGGUUCAAAUACGCAGUCAGGACGAGGAAACACACAUACCCGUGCCCGAAGUCCGAGUGGGGUUGGUUCCACUGUAUUCCAGGUGACUGGGCACCACUGGGUUUGGAUAGUGGUGCGACUUACUUUCGAUCUUUGGAAGGGUACGGCUGGCGCUACGAUGGCCUUAUUGGAAUGAACGCAGUGUCCAUGAGACUCCGCUCCAUUCCAAUAGUCCACUAUUUUACUGUACUGAACACCCAUGAAGUACUAGAUUUCCUGUACGGAGCAUUCACCGGUCAUUUGCCGUAUGAAUGGUUAGAUCAACGCUAUGAAAAUACGAAAGAGCGGUCUCCAAUAACCAAAAAAGUGCAGGUCCCCAGACAGUAUGAUCCAGCCCACCCAUACUAUUACGGUAAGGAAAUACCCAAUUAUAAGUGAAGUAAAGGGGUCCCCAUUAAAACAUAAAUGUGAAAUGAGAGCCAAUUUCAAUAUUAUGUAUGUCAUCGUUGUUGACUUUAAUGGCAAAACAAGUGAGAUCUAAAUGGGUGCC